AUGAUAACGCACGCACAAACAUGGAAUAGAAAUUUAUGGAAUAAUUCCUUAUAUGGCUCCAGAAGUAUUUCAGAAGUAUUGCGUGAAAACCAUAAUUAUACAAAAGCUGCCGAUAUUUAUUCUUUUGUAAUUAUUAUGUGGGAAUUUACAUCUGGUAUUUCUGCUCCUGCUUUUAACGAUAGAUCCCAUGAUUUUAUUCUUUCUUUAGAUAUUUGUAAAGGAUCGAGACCAAAAAUUAUUGAAAGCACUUUACCAGUAUAUGAGAUGUUGCCUAAUAAAAGACCAACAGUCGAUGUAUUAUUUCUUGUUGGUAUGAUUAUUAUCCAAAAUAUGGCCCUCUUGAUUGAAUUUUCUUAUAUAACGAAUUUUAUAUAA